AUGUCUAAACCAAGCACUAAUAUAAACGCUGAAAAACAGCUAAUACAAUGGAUAAACGAGGCAGGGAUGUCAGAAGGUGGUAAGAGAGCAGGUUUUUUGCGAAGAAUCGUGGAGGUGCUCACGCAUCAGCUCUCUGCCAUGAUACCUAUGUACAUGGAAAAUGUAUUAAGUUUUGUAAAUGAUAAGUCUACAGACAUACGAAAAAUCGUAAUAGGCUUUAUUGAAGAGUUAAGCACAAACUUUCCUUAUACCUUGCCAAAAGUCAUUAGCCAAUUGCAAUUAUUGGUUAUUGACACUGUUGUGGCUGUACAGAAGAGAGCUAUACAAGCUGCCGGUGUCAUUUACAAAAAUGUACUCACAUGGAUAAGUAAGGACGAAAGCGUAGCGGAAAUGAAGCAUGUUUGGGAACACAUUACUAAGACUAAGUUACAAAUCCUGAAUAUGAUAGAUAGUGAAAAUGAAGGUAUAAGAACACAUGCAAUCAAAUUUCUCGAGGAGGUAGUGUUAUUGCAAACAGCUAACAACAGCUCAGAUUUUAGUAUUGAUAAUAUUCCAAAUUCAUUAACAUUCAUCAACCAUGCGGCUUUAGAAGAGGAAGCUGAACAUAUAUUUGAAUUAUUGAUCAAAUUUCACAAUUCCCAGCAUAUAUCAAGUGUUAACUUAAUGGCCUGUAUGGCUACUCUUAUAUCAUUGGCAAAGUUCAGACCAAAAUAUUUAGCAAGAGUAAUCCACGCAUUGGGAGAUUUACACACAACAUUGCCCCCUACGCUAUCACAAUCACAAGUCAAUUCUGUGCGAAAACAUCUUAAAAUACAACUAAUCAAUUUAGUAAAGCAUACAUCAUCAAAUGACAUGAUUCCAGCACUAAUGCAACUGCUCUCAGAUAUUGGAAUGACUCAACAAGAGAUAAAUAAAGCCAUUCCAAAAGAAAAGAGACAUAAACGUGUAUUGGCUUUAGCGACCGAUUCUAAAAAUGGUGAUUCACCAGCAAAAAGGUCUCGUUUGGAUUCACCUCCGAAUAGCCAAGAAAGUGAUAGUAAUAGUAACAGCCGAACGGGAUUUGAUGAUGACAGCAUUCAAACUCCGAAAACCAACCUCGUUAAUGAAGACUCACUUUUCGAUGGGCUUAAUAAUUUAGACAAUGUUUUGAACCUUGUCAUGUCAACACUCCUAAACAAUUUACCAAACGAAAUGCCCAGCAACUUUAUCAACAACUAUCAACCAAUACCUAAUGCUGGUACAAAGACACAGAUUCGUAGCUUGGCCAAAAUGGUACACUCAGUCGUCAAAGGUGAAUCCGAAAUGCCCCUACCCGCCCCAACGAUAGUUACAAAAAUACCUUUGCUAUCUGAAGAUGAUGAAAAAAUUACUCUAAAGAACGCAGUUGCGAAAUUACAAGAAACAACAAAAGAUCUUCAAGUAGAAAACGCUGUCUCUAAACUAAUGGAGGAAAAACGGCAGGAGUACUUGAAAGAAGAAGAAAGGAAGGCAAAAGAGAAAGAGAAACAAGUACCACAGUUGCCGGCCAUUCCAAAGUUGAAACAGAAAGUAAAAUUAUUAAAGCUGCAUGAGAUAACACGACCAAUACCAAAAGAGAUCAAAGAACGACUGAUGCUACAGGCGGUCCAACGUAUUCUGAACGCAGAAAAAGAAGCAGCGAUUGGCGGCGCUGCACAAAUCCGGGCGAAGUUUAUAACGAUUUUCGCGUCAAGCUAUACACCAGAAAUUCGGGAUUUAGUUCUAAACUACGUGUUGGAAGAUCCGAUCAACCGAAUCGACUUGGCUUUAGCGUGGUUGUAUGAGGAAUACGCGUAUAUGCAGGGCUUCAAUCGUCACCCGGUGACAUUACAGAAGGUAAACGAAAAGCCCGACCAGAAUUAUAACCAGUUGCUUUGCGCGAUGGUCACUCAGAUCUGUGAAAGGGGAGAUCCGUUGAUGGAGAAUAGUAAAGAAGUGUUGUUAAGGAAGAUUUAUUGUGAGGCACCAGUAAUAACCCCAGAAGCGCUGGAUUAUUUGAAGCAUUUGGUGGUUGAAGAGAAAUCGUUGUUAGCGCUUGAAUUGCUUGAGGAGUUGUGUACGAUGCGACCGCCCAGAGCGCAUAAGUAUAUUCCAGCUUUAGUGUCUCAGGCGUUGAACGAAAUUCCGGAAAUCCGCGACAUAGCAAUAAAAUCAACAGUUAAAAUAUUCAAAAAUGGAUCAGAUGCGGUCAAAAAAGUGAUAGAAAAGCAUUCGUUGUUAUAUUUGGGGUUUAUCGCCCUCGAUAACCCACCCACAGAGUUGAUGAGUUCAAGGCAUAAUAUCAGGGUGUGGUCUGAUGACUUAUACAAGAUCUGCUUGAAUUUGGUAAUGGCUCUAUUUAUGGAGAACGACGACUUUAUAAUAGACGUGGCUCGUGUCUAUGGUUGCGCGGGUUCCGAGGCCAAGCGUUGUGUUCUUAGGGCCAUUGAGGGCCCAUUAAGGGCCGUAGCGGCAUCGGCCCCUGGGACGGUCCCGCCGGCUUUUCAAAUACUCUUACAGGAUUGUCCCCGAGGGGCUGAGACGCUUUUGACGAGGCUGGUCCAUAUACUUACAGAUAAAGCGCCUCCGACCCCGGAGCUGGUCUCUCGUGUUCGCGAGCUGUAUGCAACUCGAGUGUCUGAUGUCCGUUUCCUGAUUCCUAUACUUAACGGAUUGUCUAAACGAGAGAUCCUCGCAGCUCUACCGAAGCUUGUCAAAUUGAACCCGAAUGUCGUAAAGGAAGUGUUCAACAAACUACUGGGUUUACAUAAUCCUAAUAAUGAAAUUUUACCAGUUACUCCCGAGGAGCUCCUAGUUGCCCUGCACCUGAUAGAUCCGAAUAAGGCAGAUCUGAAGUUUAUCAUCAAGGCGACCGGACUCUGUUUCGGCGAAAAACAAAUUUAUACACAAGACGUGGUAUCAGCAGUUCUACAGCGGCUGGCGGAAGAGCAGGACACCCCCGUUCUGAUGAUGAGGAGCGUCCUCCAGGCCCUCACUUUGUACCCCAACCUUGGACCACUGGCCUUGAAUAUACUCCAGCUGCUUAUUGACAGAGAGGUAUGGACGAACAAAGUGGCGUGGGAGGGUUGGGUGAAGUGCUGCGAGCGACUGGGCACUGCCGUGACGCGGGUGUUGGCAGCUUUACCUGCGCGUGCGCUGCCAUCCUUACCACCGCAUUUGGCGCGUCUACUCGAACCACAGGAUGUAGCACCGACGUUUCCACCUCAGCCAGUGCCGAAUCCUUUAGAACCUUUGCCGCCAGGGAUGGAGUGA